CCUGCUGGUCAGAUAGGUAUGUGCAGCCAGGCGGAGCUGUGCGGAGCAGACUGAAGGAGAACGGAGAGGAGACGGAGAGAAACAGAUGUGAGCGGGCCUCCCACAGAACAACAAGCUGCAGUGACGGAGAGACUUGGACUCUGCUAAUAUGUGGCAACCUGCGUCGGAGCGGUUACAGCACUUUCAAACCAUGUUGAAAACCAAGCUUAAUGUGCUGACAUCGAGGAAGGAGCCGCUGCCCACAGUGAUCUUCCAUGAGCCUGAGGCCAUUGAACUCUGCUCCACAACACCGCUAACAAAAGGCAGGACCCAUGCUGGUUACAAGGUGACUUACCUCGGCAAGGUGGCCAUCUCUGGGACCCAGUUCUUAUCUGGCUGCACAGAGUCUGCAGUAGUUGGUCUGGUAGAGCGCCGUGCACUGGCCCAGCAACAGGGCACUUGUACCAUGACCAACUCUGUGCUGGAGAUUCGGCCCUUCCAAGUGCGUCUUCACCACCUAGAUGGUCAUGGUGAAGCCUCGGUAUCCAUGGACACAUACCAGGUGGCACGGAUUGCCUAUUGCACAGCCGACCACAGCAUCAAACCCAAUGUUUUCGCAUGGAUCUACCGUGAGAUCAACGAUGACUUGUCCUUCCAGAUGGACUGCCACGCCGUGGAAUGCGAGAGCAAGCUGGAGGCUAAGAAAUUAGCACAUUCAAUGAUGGAAGCAUUCCGUAAGACUUUCCAUAGCAUGCGCAGCGACGGCCGCAUCCAGAAGAGCGGCUCAUCGGAUGACUUUGCCGAGGACUCGUCCACCCCUGAAGAUUCUACCCCAGACGAUGGCUGAACUGACAAACACUGAACUCCUGAUCCCCAUCCUUACAAAGUGAGGGGUGACUGAUAAGAUGGACAGUCUUUCUGCUAAAAAUUUGGAACAAAUUUAACUCACCCCGGUCCAACUCGCCCAUAAUGAAGUAGUAUUUAAAUAAAGGAAAAGUAGAUGGAAAGGAACAACAAAAGACGUACAUUUACAUAUAAGGACAGCGAAGCGCGGCUUUGUUAAAUCUGUGGCCCUCAAAGAGCCAAAGGAUCCUGUAAAAGCCCUCAACAUUUUUACUCACACUCCGACACCCAGUAUAAACACUGUUUAUGAUCCCCAAGCCUUUUCAUCCUGAAAAGUCAAAAUUUUGGCCCCAUCCUCCAGAACCCAGUUUGUGAAAACCUGUUGCUGAUCUUGCCAUGUUUGGGCUGAACUGAAAUAGGCCUGCGAUUUAUUUUUGGAUACAGACUGACUUUCUAUGAGACUGCUGGAGCACAUCAUUUUUUAGAAAUCUUUGUGUGGAUCUCUGUUACAAUGCCUUUGACCUAGGUAAUGGCAAAUAAGGAUGUGAAAGAAAAGCUAAGCCUUUUAAGCUCUACUCGUAUCACUAUGAUACCAUGUAUGGUACCAAUAUUAUUUGCAUAUAUGGUGUUAUUAAUGCAGAUGAAAGAACGAGAAGCCCUAUUUCUGUUGCACUUAAAUAGGUACUUCAGAAUGGGUCUGAUCAGCGUACAUGUUAUAUUUAGGUGUCUAUAGGUGCUAAACCGAUGUGAUAAAUUACAGGAUCACCUUUGGCGUGAAGCCUGGGCUUCUCUGCACACUGACGGCGACACCUUAAUCGCCAAAAAUCUGACUUCUGCUUUGAUUAUAACAAAAUCUGGGCUGUAUUUGCCUUUAAGAUUGUGUGCCUCACUUUCUUCUCACAUUAGUUUCAGCUCUUACCCAGGUCCCAGCGUGAACAUAAGUGCACGCUGUUGGCUUUCUGUACGUAUGUGCAAGUGCUUAUUUCUGUACUCUGUGCGUAUGAAUGUAAAUGUGAGGUCUUUAAUUCAUUUCUCAAGAGGGUGUGGCAAACCUGAAGUGAGGACUUGUCAUUGCUCUGGUUGCAUCCAUUUUUUUUAAUGGUUAAGAAGAAAGUUUAAAAUGGGAUUAGUUACUGUGACUGUUUUCCAUGUAUUCCUUUAAUUUCAUAUGAGGUGAAAAAUGCCAUGUGGAUAUGACAGCAUGUGGACGUUCCAGGACUCUACAUCCCAGCUUUCCAAGCAGAAUCAGCCUAAACACCCUGACCUCUGCUGAAUGUACGACGAGACCAACGUGCUGUAAGCAUUUCACAAUGUUACCAGUCAAUUUGAUCUCCCCUUGUUUACUUGGAGUGGCAGCACUCAGAUCUGUUGCAGCGGAAAGACGGCGGUAGAGGGUCAGCCCCCCGAGGCUUCUCAGCAAGUCCGGUUUCAGUCGGCCGCACUGCGCUACUUUGCCUUUGUAAAGGUCUUUUUGGGACAUAUAGAGAAGCCAGUCAGUGCUCCUCGCCAUCUUCGUGUUCUGCUGAACUGUGCUGAGGAGACUGGAUGCCAUAUCGACGGAAACCUUCUUCAGACGGGAACGCAAUCACGGUGAUCAGAAGGCUCUGGUCAGCGCACGUAUACGCACCUGUACCAUUAAACAUGUACACAUUAUAUUUGAAUUUCGCUUCAUAAGCUUAUGUAAAUACAAAUGUAUCACUUUCCAGAUAUUACAGCAUAAAUGUUAAUAGCUAUUUUAAAUAAAAUGUUGAGAAAUAUCAACUAUACAGAAACAGUGUUA